AAAGUAAUUAAUACCAAAGUAAGUCGUGAACGUAUUGGAAUAGAGGUGGAUAAAAUGAUAAAAGGUCCUCAUCCAGCUUUGUCAAUUAAACUUAUACAUGAAUUGGGUUUAUAUGAUACUAUAUUCGCCCCUCCACAAGAUUAUCACGGAACUUUAGAUGACUCAAAGACUGCUGUUUGUCUUGCAAAAAUUUUGGAAUGGCUCUUGUUAACAUCGAAUGAAAACCACCUUCACAUGAACCUUUCAUCUCGAACCCCUGAAGAUAUCAGGUUACUUUAUUUGGCAUCAUUUUUAGCUCCUCAUAAGAAUAUAGAAAUUGUAUCAAAAAAAAAGAAUUAUACGAGUUUUCAUCAUGUUAUUAAAGAAAGCCUCAGAUUGAAGAGUUCGGAUGCUGACAUCACGAAAAAAUUUUUUUCUUUCGUUGAUCCAAUCACUACUGCUGCGAAUCGAAAUCUGGUUGCUCCAUUGGAUAGAAAAUCGCUUGGUCUUUUAAUUCGUGAUAUUGGAUCACAAUGGCAAAAUGCUUUUAUUUUGGCGUUGAUAUUAAAAGAACCGUACAAAAUUAUCGAAAAAUAUAACAAGUUGGUUGAUCUUAUAACUGAAUUGGGACUACUGAAUUGUUUUAAUGAUAAGCCUAUUAUUAAUGGUAAAGAACUUGCAACUUUAUUAAAUAUCAAACAAGGUGUAAUAAUAGGAGAAAUUCAAAAAUCGGUAAUAGAAUGGCAAUUGGCAAAUGCUGGUGGAAGUAAAAAAUGGUGUGAAGAAUAUAUUAAGAAUAAAUAUAAAAAUAUUUAA